AUGUUUACAAAUAGAACAAACAAAUCUUCACCAGUUAGUACUACACCAAUUAUGUCUAAUGAUCAAUCAAAACAAACAAACUUUGAUACAAAUAAUCAUCUUGAUGAAUCAACAGCAGUAACAUAACCAACAACACCUAUGAAAAAUUCUUUCGAC